AUGGCCGGAGAUGCAGGUUGUGGCCCCCGCGAAUGGCUCGCCGUUGACGAGACGGCGGCGGCCUUUCUCUCCCGCUCCCUCUCCACGCGGCCCCCCAUCCUCCUCCCGCCGCCGCUCCACCGCGCGCCGCUCCGCCCGGGCAAUGUUGUCGAGAUCGCUGGUCCGUCCAACUCCGGCAAGUCCCAGCUGCUCCUCAUGGCUGCAGUGCAAUGCAUAUUACCGAAGGAGUGGGAAGGCGUCUAUUUCGGGGGCCUGGGGAAAGCAGUCAUGUACAUCGACUUGGACUGCCGAUUUGAUGUGCUGCGGCUGGCUCAAAUUCUGAGGAAGCGCAUCACGCAGGGUUGCGGUUCAGCACAUCCACCAAGUGAAGACUUUGAAAAGGAUGUCUCAAAAGAUAAAUUCCAUUCUUUUCAAGACACACUGUUUUCUGACUGCAUGAAGCGGUUCCUGUAUGUACGGUGUUACAAUAGUUCCGAGCUUAUAGCUGCUUUGAAGAGUCUAAAUUCUCAAUCUGAAGCAAGGAGCAAAGUUUUUGGUAUCGGUAUAUAUUUCCUUCUGUUAGACAGCAUUGGUGCUUUCUACUGGAUAGAUCGUGCUCCACAACCUACCACAGAGAGUAAAGGGACAACUAUAUCAUUUCAAAGCAUCACUGAAAAUGUUGUCCAAGAGAUACGCAAGUUUUUGCAACUUCAACCUGUUUUGGUGUUGGUCACAAAGGCACCUACUUAUGGUGAAGGAAUCACAGCAUCAAACGACUUCCAAAGGGGUUCUUCAAAAUACAUGCUAGACGAUUCAACAGCUUCGAGAUACUCAAAACGGGAGGAAGAAAAAAAUAGUUCAUGUCGUGAAUACAUGCCAUCAGCAUGGCAGACACUUGUUACACACAGGAUAAAGUUGCAAGAUUUAGCACAAGAAGCAGGGUUCUCCUCCGAGCAGGAUAACGAUGUGCUUUCUGUACAUACUUCUGAGUGGGUGCACCCUCCCCUGAACACAAAAGAGAAGUUUUAUAUUAAGGAUGAUGGUGUUGGCUUUAUACAGUGA